CACAUUAAGAUGAAACCACAGAAACCCUAGAGAUUAUAAGACCAAACCCUAGUUUUGUCUCUAACCCAGCCUCCUCUUCAUCUUUCAGCACCUUUAGCUCCUUCAUCUCCGUCGAAGUAACCAUGGCGCCAAAGAAGGAUAAGGUUCCGCCACCGUCAUCUAAGCCGGCCAAAUCCGGAGGUGGAAAGCAAAAGAAGAAGAAGUGGAGCAAGGGAAAGCAAAAGGAGAAGGUGAACAACAUGGUGUUGUUUGAUCAGGCUACUUACGACAAGCUUCUCACUGAAGCUCCCAAGUUCAAGCUCAUCACUCCUUCCAUUCUCUCCGACCGUAUGAGGAUUAACGGUUCUCUAGCAAGGAGGGCGAUUAGGGAGCUAAUGGCGAAAGGUGUGAUCAGGAUGGUCGCUGCUCACUCGAGCCAGCAGAUCUACACUCGUGCCACCAACACUUAAUAUGUUUUGUUCUUGAUUUUGUUUUUUUUCUUACCUCCUUUGUUUGGUUCUUCAUGAAUUUGUUAGAAUCUUAUGGCUAUUUGAUAAAUGCAUUGAGACUUCUAAAUUUGAGUCAACCCUUGUCGUCCGAAUGCUAGUAAAUUUUUAUUAGCAAUGCUCCGGUUUGGUGGUGCGUCAAUCAAUUUAUAAAACAUUACUCGUCAUCGUUAUGAACUGC